GUAUUCACGGAACUCCUCAUGGGGGUGAUCAUCUUGACCUAUGUAAGGCAGUCUCUCGGUUCAGUCAGAGCUCAUCAAGUCUCAUUACGGAAUGCUGACCCUCCAGGCCUGGGAAUUAUCUUGUGUCUCCCUCGUACCUUUCCUGCGAACAGUAAUAACCUGGGUCGAAGGCACUGUAAGGACCUUUGUGUGAAUGUAUCCCUAGAGAUACCCUACCGGACUAACGCGAAUUUCUUAUCCUAGGUAUAUCUGUUAGGCUCAGUGAUCUUCUGGUAUAUCUUACUGUUGGUUUUUUUGAAGCCAAGAGGAGUCCUACGCAUCCCCCUCGGAGGUUGUUCUCUUCUAUAUUUAGUCCUGGAGCUGUUUCUGCUUACUUCGUCUGUUUAUCCCACGCAAGUAGGGAAAACAAUGACCAUAUUUCUUAUAUCCAUUCGCGCGACUCGUUUUGUCAGCCUUGUGCUGCUUCUCUGUGUCGUCGUUGGAUCUUGGACGGUACCCUGCCACUGCGAGUCUGAUCCAGAAGUGACUGCUUCACUGAUCCCGGAUGGCCAUGUGUGUCGUGACGCCUUGCAUAACAGACAAGGGGAGAGUAUAAAUUACGGUACAACUACACAAGAAAGCGAUCCCUCACAGAAUAAUCUUCGGUCACGUCAUCCUAGAAGGAGACCACCAAUGGGAGCAGUUUCGAGCAGACGAUUGCAACCACAUUCGGCUCUACAAGGUAUUGAAGAGGAGGUCCAAGCAGAAGGCACGGACGAUAUUGUUGGGAAUGAUCAAGAACAAAGCCUUGGAGAUGGAAUACCUGCUUUGCGCAUUGCCAAGCUGCGUCACAAGCUUACCAAUCCCAAAGCCCAGCACGAGAACCAAGGUGAAGUGCAACAUAUUCAGUUCGUCGACCGUUCUUCAGAUAUCAGUUUGCAUGGCAAGAAAUCAUUCCGAAGGGGUGAGUGGAAGCCUGACGCACCCGAAUUCAUUCCUAUUGCGCAGCAACGCAUCGUCAUGCAGCAGCUCGACGGAAACAGGAACCAGCAAGUCGAGCGUCAGCAAGACUUGGGCCUAAACGACAUACAACAUCAAGGCUUAGACGAAGAACGAGUUCUGCCAAGGACUGUCAACUCGAAGAUGGCGAAGAGCGCUGUUCCAAGCUUCCCCAUUAUCGAUGAGAACGAGAGUCCCAAGCCUGCCGCAUCCACGAAGCAUCCGUCCCGUGAAGCUGAGGGCCGCAGUAGUCAAUCCACGACUGGAUCACAGCAAGAAAGCGACAGGGUCAUUAUCGCAUACCCGAAGAAAGCACGAAAGAGAGGGAAAAGGUCGAGGAAGGAGGCCAUUAGUCGUAGAAAGGGCACGAAAAGUGAGCCUGCAGGCAUCGGCUUGACCAGUGAUAUCGAUCACUCCUGACACCAGGGACACUCGCCAUGGUUGAAGUUUUGAUUCUAUGCUAUUAAUACCCGAUCCAUGUGCUUCUGGUCGAGUGCGGACAGAGCGGCAGACUUUACCAAAGACGGAAGCAAGAAAAGAUACGGCUAACUUUUGACCGGGAUAUAUAGACUACAAAUAAC